AUGGGUACGGGAAAGAAAGAGGCCGCCCGGCGGUCGCGGCAGUCGGAUGGCAGCGACCGAAUGGGCAACGUCCGCACCAAGGGCGAGAACUUCUACCGCAGCGCAAAGCGAGUCAAGACGCUCAACAUGUUCAAGCAGGGCGCUCCUACGCGAAACGCGCGUGGAGACAUCACGCAAGCAGCGCCAUUCCAGAAGACUGAGACGCCGAAAGCUCGAAUUGAACCGCAUCGGAACUGGUUUACCAACACUCGAGUGAUCGGCCAGGAUGCGCUCUCCGCCUUUCGCACCGCAGUGGAAGAGAGGGCGAAGGAUCCGUACAGCUAUCUGCUCAAGCAGAACAAACUCCCCAUGUCACUUAUUCGAGACAACAAGGACAAGGAGAGGAAAGACGGGCUGUUGCAGCAUCAGGCAAAGAUCAGAAUCGAAGGCGAAAAGUUUGGCGACACUUUUGGUCCAAAGGCGCAGAGGAAGAGAGUUCGACUGAAUGUGGGGACUCUGGAGGACAUGGCCAGUGCAACAAUACUCGAGCACGGCAGCUACCAAGAUAAGGUGAACCAGGCCGGCUCCGCCAACGCAGGGCCUGGGGAACUCCAAGCGGACGCGGCCUCUCACUACAUCCCAGAAAGCGGAGAGCUUGCGACAGCAAGAGAGCCCAUCUUCUCCAAAGGCCAGUCGAAGCGAAUCUGGAACGAACUUUACAAGGUUAUCGACAGCUCCGACGUCGUCAUUCACGUUCUCGAUGCUCGGGAUCCCCUGGGCACCCGAUGCCGGAGUGUGGAGAAAUACAUCAAAGAGGAGGCACCACACAAGCACUUGUUGUUCCUGUUGAACAAAUGUGACCUGGUGCCUACAUCCGUGGCGGCCAAAUGGGUCAAACUCCUCUCGCGAGACUACCCCACGCUCGCUUUCCACGCCAGUCUCACCAACAGCUUCGGCAAAGGCACCCUCAUUUCCCUCUUACGACAAUUCUCUUCCCUUCACUCCUCGCGAAAGCAAAUCUCCGUCGGCUUCAUUGGCUACCCGAACACCGGCAAAUCUUCCAUCAUCAACACUUUGCGCAAAAAGAAAGUAUGCACCACCGCACCCAUACCUGGCGAGACCAAGGUCUGGCAGUACAUCACUCUGAUGAAGCGAAUCUACCUGAUCGACUGUCCGGGCAUCGUGCCACCGAGUAUGACCGACUCGGCCGAGGACAUCUUAUUGCGUGGCGUUGUGAGGGUGGAAAAUGUGGAGAACCCGGCGCAAUACGUGCCUGCUGUGCUGGAGAAGUGCCGUCGGCAUCAUCUGGAGAGGACGUACGAUGUCAAAGGCUGGGGUGCCGAUGCUGAAGCCAUCCGGUUCCUGGAAGCAUUGGCGAAGAAGGGCGGAAGAUUGUUGAAGGGAGGCGAGGCAGACAUGGAUGGAGUGGCAAAGAUGGUCCUGAACGACUUUCUCAGGGGGAAGAUCCCAUGGUUUGUGCCGCCCCCAACGACAGAGGUCGUCGCCAAAAGCGAUGGAGCGGAGGGCAGGGAUGAAAUGCUGGGCUUCACGCACAAGAAGCGGAAGAGGGAGCUGGCAGACGUCGGAGGCGGUGACGAGGAUGAGAAGCAGGAUGACGGCGAGGAUGGGGAGUCGGGGGAUGACGAGGACUUUGAGGGCUUCGAUGCGGAGGAUGGGCAAGAGGACUCGGAAGAUGAGGAGGAGGCAGAUACGAGCUCUGGCGAUGAGGCUGGCGGUGUCGCGAUCAACAAGACCGAGAAGUGA